AUGGGCGCGACGGGGAAUCUUCCCGGAGGCUGGGGGCGAGGACUCCCGACCGCCUGCUGCCGCGAGUCCAAAGUCGACCUGUCCCACGAUAAAAACCGCCCGCGGGCGGAGCGGCGCAAGCGGCGAACUCGCCUCCGCCGGGCAGCGUCGCGACAACCUCCCUCCCUCCACCCCCCCCCCGUCCAUCCCUCCGUUGCCCCUUCACUCCCUCCGCGCUACGUGCAGGUGAUCUUCCGGGCCGUGACCCCGUCGCGACCCCUGGAUGACCCGUUCGGCCCCGGUGCCCGCCGGCGCCUCGGCGUCACCAACCUGCGGCUGCGCCUGCUCAGGCGGCAGGAGUGCCGGCGCUGCCCGGCGCCGCCGUCCCGCGUCGCCGGUGGCGGCGAGGGCGCCGACUCGAGCCCCGGUCACUUUGCCGUCUACGACCUGAUCCUGCGCGGGAGCUGCCUGUGCCACGGCCACGCGGAGCGCUGCGAGCCGGCACCCGGCACCGGCACCGGCAGCGGCAGCGGCAGCAGCGGCAGCCUCGUCUCCGUGCACGGCCGCUGUGUGUGCCACCACCACACGGAGGGGCAGCACUGCGAGCGCUGCCGCCCCAUCUACAACGACCGGCCCUGGCAGCCCGGCAAUGGCCGGACCGGGGAGCCCAACGAGUGCCAGAAGUGCCACUGUAACGGCCAUGCGGACAGCUGCCACCUGGACCGCACGCUGUGGGAGGCAUCUGGGAACCGCAGCGGCGGCGUGUGCGACGGCUGUCGCCACCACACCGAGGGGCGGCACUGCCACCGCUGCAAGCCGGGUUUCUACCGGCACCCGGCGGAGAGCGGCACCUCCCCGCGCACGUGCCGAGCCUGCGACUGCCACCCGUUGGGCGCGCUCACGAACCAGCGGCAGGCGAGCUGCGACCCCGGCACGGGAUACUGCUUCUGCAAGCCCGGCGUGGGGGGGCGGCACUGCGACCGGUGCAUGAUGGGAUACUGGGGCUUCGGCGAGGGCGGCUGCAUCCCGUGCCACUGUGCGGGCUCCUGCGAUCCACACACGGGCACCUGCACCGAGGGGUUCGACGCAGAGCCCCGCCACGAGGUGCCCGUUGGCGGGCGCAUCCCCGACCUCGUCCCCUACUCGCCCAAUCGGCACGCGGCCAAGGCAGGCUGGGAGGACGAGCAGCAGGGCUUCUCGGCCGCACGAGAUCCGGGGAAGUGCCUGUGUAAAGACAGGACCAUAGCGAGCGUGGAGGAGUUCUGUGCGAUGAAAUACACGUACGUGCUGAAGGCGCGCGUGCUCUCGGCGCACGACCGCGGCUCGCACGCCGAGGUGAACGUGAAGGUGGACAAGGUGCUGCGGGGCGCCCGCCGGCGCGGCGACUCCCCGGGCGGCACGCUGUACCCCGAGUCGUGGACCCACCGCGGGUGCACGUGUCCCGUGCUCAACCCGGGCACGGACUAUUUAAUCGCCGGUCAGGAGGACUUGAAAACCAAGCGGCUGGUCGUCGACCUCAACAGCUACGUCAAGCCGUGGAAGAGCAGCGUGGCCAAGGAGGUGAUGGCCUUCCUGAGGGCCGGCUGCCCCAAGGCCUAAGGGCGACCGUGCCGCUCUUGCGGAGGGAUUCGCCGUCGACGCCCCGGACGGAAUCCUCCCCUUGAAACGUUCCCGAGACCGCGCGUGCGUGCGGCCCGCUGGUUCCGCUCGGCACCGAGGCAACACGCGGUGCCGGGCGGACGCGGGGGUGGGGAGCGCCGAGCCACGGCCGCCGCGGGGGAGUUGCGAGCUCCUGGUGGCGUGAGCCGCUCGUUGGCGGCUCGCUCGGGGCUCGUUAGCGGCUCGCCGGCGUUGGUGCUGCUGGGGGGGGGUGGGGAGCCUGUGGCGUCCCCGCGUGCGCUCGCCGCCACCACCGCCACCGCCGCCGCCUCUCGGCCUCAACUCCAGAGCGCGAAAAGACGGUGGAGAAAUCCGCCCGCUUCCCCCCCAACCGCCACGGGAACGUGGAAUUACCACCACGGCUGGGUCGGAGCCGCCGAUGGAGAACCAGCGCGGUCCUGCGAGACAUUUGACCUUGACUUCUCGGCCGCCGCAGCCUCGCUGGACGUCCACGAGAGGCCCCUCCACGGAGGCCCGGGGGUGGGGGGGGGUCACCGCUUGGGACGCCGGGCAGCGGCUGGUCGGGGAGACGGCGAGAAAUCACCAGCCCCGGGGCCUCUCGCUCGGGGUGUGAAUUUCACCAGAACUAUUGGGGCGUCGGUGGAAUCUCCCGGGCGAUGACGUGUUGGCGAGGAUCGCCGGAGGAAGCUCGUGUCUGCGAUGAGUUGGAGGAGGAGCAGCCCUUGCCGUGGUGGGAGCGCUGGAACGGUUUCUCAGAGCACUUUGCCCCACUGUGCCGGUCUCAUGAAGGCCACGGGGAGCGGUCGAUGCUCGUGAACACGAAGGAAGCGUCGCAGCGUGUCGAGAGACACGGGGAGGUGGAGUAGAGACACGGGGGGUGGAGGAGAGAGACACGGGGAGAUGGAGUAGAGACA